CACACAACUAUAAUAAUUUAUAAAGACUUAAUAAACAUAUUUUAAGCCACUUAUUUAUUUAUGAAUAAACUAACACCAACAAAGAUUUCUUGUAAUAUUCUCUAUGUAAGUUUCUCACAGAGAAAGUAUCAAUAAAUCCAAGAGAACAAAACAGUCAAACUGGUAUAUAAAAACAAAAAUUGUCUUUGAGUGCAAACAACAAAAAUCGAAAAUGCAGACAGCACUUAACAAAAAAGAGGUCUCUCAAACAUCUCAAGGUUGUUGUCCAAACUUAUUGUUCAUCAAUUCUUCACUACUUUCUCACAGCAACAACACAGUUACCAAACCCAGAAACAGUUCUUCGCAGUGUCGACAAACCUUUGCAGCAACGACAUCAUCCUCUAUUUUUCCAAACACGAAAUUCACAAACCAUGAAUCUCUUCCAUCACUCCAUGAAUCAUACACUGAAUUCAACAAAGUUUAUCCUCAAUUCUCUGAGACUGAGAAAAUUGACAGUUUGAGAGCCAAAGAGUAUUAUCAUCUCUCUUUCUUAAAUCAAUCUUGUCUUGAUUAUAUUGGUAUUGGUCUUUUCUCUUACUUUCAACGUCAACAACAUGAUGCUUCAAAAACUCAACUUUCUUCUCCUUCAACUUCAGCACCUCAAUCUCCACUGCAAUAUUCUGAUAUACCCUUUUUUAGUAUCUCCUACAAAACAGGAAAUUUGAAGACUUUAUUGCUUCAUGGAGGAAAUGAGUCGGAAUUCGAGUCUUCAAUGAGGACAAGGAUAAUGAAGUUUCUCAACAUUUCUGAAAAUGAUUAUUUCAUGGUUUUCACAGCAAAUAGAACAUCGGCUUUCAAACUUGUAGCAGAUUCAUAUCCAUUUCAAUCUUGUAAGAAGCUUCUCACAGUUUAUGACUACGAAAGUGAAGCAGUGGAAGCAAUGGUUGGCUCUUCGGAGAAAAGAGGAGCGAAAUCAAUGUCUGCUGAAUUCUCAUGGCCAAGACUAAGGAUUCAAUCAACAAAAUUGAAAAAGAUUAUUGUUAGUGAUAACAAUAAGAAGAAGAAAAACAAAAAAAGUGGUCUUUUUGUAUUCCCACUUCAUUCAAGGGUGACAGGAGCAAGAUAUCCUUAUCAAUGGAUGAGAACAGCUCAAGAGAAUGGUUGGCACGUUUUGAUUGAUGCUUGUGCAUUAGGACCAAAAGAUAUGGACAGCUUUGGUCUCUCUCUCUUUCAACCAGAUUUUCUCAUUUGUUCAUUCUACAAAGUUUUUGGAGAAAAUCCAUCUGGUUUUGGUUGCCUUUUUGUCAAGAAAUCUUCUAUUUCACUUCUUGAAUCUUCCUCUUGUGCAGGAAUUGUCAACCUUGUACCCGAGGGAAAUCUUCUGAAUAAUCUAUCGGAAAAUUAUUCUUCUUCUAGUCAUAAUAAUCAAGUAGAAGUUGAUCCAAAAAAGUCACCAUCUAUCUUACAAGAUCAAGAAUUAUCUUCUUUGAUUUCUUUCUCUGGAAGGAUGCAAACUCCGCAAUUUGUUAAAGUUGAAGCAGAUCCAAAAGCUCCAGAAGGUUCGGGAACUGAGAACAAUCAAAUUAAGACUGCAGAAGAUAGUAAAAAUGGGAGCUUUGCCGUUGAAUGCAGGUGUUUGGAUCAAGUGGAUUCUUUAGGAUUGACACUGAUAACCAACCGAGGAAGGUACCUGAUAAACUGGCUUGUGAACUCAUUACUGAAGCUAAAGCACCCUAAUGAUGAAGGAGUUCCACUAGUAAAGAUCUAUGGUCCUAAGAUAAGAUUUGAUAGAGGACCUGCUUUGGCUUUCAAUGUUUAUGAUUGGAAAGGAGAAAAAGUUGAGCCUGUUUUAGUACAAAAACUUGCUGAUAGAAACAAUAUAUCUGUCAGCUAUGGAUUUCUGCAUCACAUUUCGUUUGCAGAUAAGUAUUCGGAAGAGAAAGGAAGAGUCCUACAGAGUAAAGAAGGAAAAGGCGAGAAAGUAUCGACGAACAAGAAGAAAGAUAGGGAUAAUAACUUGGGAGUGACAGUGGUUACUGCUGCAUUAAGCUUCUUGGCUAAUUUUGAAGAUGUCUAUAAACUAUGGACUUUUGUUGCUCGGUUCCUUGAUGCAGAUUUUGUGGAGAAGGAGAGGUGGAGGUAUACUGCUCUUAAUCAGAAAACAAUUGAAGUUUAAUUGUAAGUAAAUUUUGAUUUAUUCUUCCUGGUUUUUUUAUUAUAGAAAACUCAAAAAAGUGUAAACUUGGAUGAUGAAGAUUUUAUGUUGAUUCUACAAGAAAAAUUAUCAACUUAGUCACUCAUUUGUUUGAUGAGUUCACGAAUUAUUAGACAUUAAUUUAUCAGUUCAAUUAUUUACUUUUACUUGUUUCAUAUGUCUUAUUCUUGGAUACACAUUUAGUACCUUCACAAAUUGAAUAUUCAAUCUUUUUCAAGAAGAAAGAAAUCAAGUUUCAAUACUCUAUUAGUAUAUUAUAUAACUCAUAUAAGGAUAAAGUCAUACCAGUUCUGUUAACACAACAUAAGGAGGGUUGAAUCAAUGUUGUAGUGUAUUGGUGCCCACCGAAAUUCUAUGGUUAUUGUUCCGCGUGGGAAUCAGAAUUGAUCGAUGAACGAUGGAUGUUGAUCACAACGGUGGACUCGAGCUUCUGGUACGGUAGAGGAGAGGCGACCUGCAAGGUUAGCACUCCAACACUCAAGUCAGUGUGAGAGUAACGUGCGGUGAAUGAAAUUUGAAUUCAAAUGAUCUGAGAAAUGGUGCAUUCUUCCUUUCAUAUAGUAGGACGGUUAUAACAGCUAGUUUAUUCACCUCGCGCGAGAUGCGGGUAUCCUUCUAAUUGAUCUUGGAUUUGAGAUUACCUCCUUUUUCGUCAAUGAUAAUGCACAUGUUCGGCAUGCGGUACGGGUGAGCUGUUUUGCCAUUUGGGUUGUAGUAAUUGGACCCUCUAGACGGCGCAAAACAGUUAUUAUGCAAAGUUAUUUUGCAAGUAAACAAAUAUUUGUUCUAGGUUUGUAUGUACCAGUCAAAAAAAAAAAAACAGGAGAAAUAAGACACACAAAAAAACUCUACUAGUAAAUUAGGCAAUAGACAAUAAGGAAUUUGACUUUGAAACACCCUUAAUUCUUUGCUCUUCUUCUUUUGACUUGAACAUUGACAUCUUAACAUUGUUUGUUUAAAGACUUGCAUUGUUCAGAAAUGUCUAAGCGCUUGAAAAUGCCGGCAAUUAAGAAGAUAAAUUCAACAAAUCCGAUUUUUCUAGUUGAAUGCAAACAAAUAAGACCCAACAAAUUCCCCAAAUUAAAAUAACCCAAUACCCAAAAAAGCCCCAAGUAUAUGCUAACUAACGUUUCAAUGACAUAUUUGUACAAGCCUGCCUUCACAUACCCACCCGGUUCCCAAACCAGUCCAAGAGACUCAAGUACAAGUCUCACAAGCAUAAUAUCAAACACCUUGUCGGCAUCAAUUUUGUUCCCAAAAAUGCAAUAAGCGUGAACAAUAGUGUUUUGCACAAAAUGUCUACACACCAGCUAAUAUUAUUAUCACACAAAAAAGAAAAUGUAUGGAAAAAAAAAUCAAAGAGCGUACCAUAUAAAAUUGUGUAACGUCGCAAUAGUAGAAUAUUCAGCACAAGAUUGUUGGACCCAGUGCAUGUGGUUGGUUGUCCAGCCAAAGAAAUUUGGCC